CCGGAAGUGGGCGGGAGAGGAAGCAGCUGGUGAUGCUGGAACAAAUAUGGCCGCCCCGGCGCCCGUCGGCCUCUCGGGCUCCCGCAGUCCUCGGCUAACCUCCGGCCUCCGGUUGUUCCCGCUGUUGGGGCUGCUGCAGCUGCUGGCCGAGCCCGGCCUGGGCCGCGUCCACCACCUGGCGCUCAAGGAUGACGUGAGGCAUAAGGUUCAUCUGAACACUUUUGGAUUCUUCAAGAAUGGGUACAUGAAGGUGAAUGUCAGUAGCCUUUCAGUGAAUGAACCUAAAGGAGCCACAGACAAGGACUUAACUAUUGGAUUCAGCCUAGACCGAACAAAGAAUGAUGGCUUUUCUUCUUAUCUGGAUGAAGAUGUAAAUUACUGUAUUUUAAAGAAACAGUCUGCCUCUGUCACCCUUUUAAUCCUAGACAUCUCCAGAAGUGAAGUGAAGAUAAGAUCUCCACCAGAAGCUGGUGCCCAGUUACCAAAGAUCAUCUUUACCAAGGAUGAGAAGGUUGUUGGUCAGAGCCAGGAGCCUGGUGUUAACCCUGUCUCAUCAGGCAGCCAGGCUCCGAAAGCACAAGAAAGUGGAAAGUCUAAAAGAAGUACCGUGGAUUCAAAGGCAACAGGAGAGAAAUCCUUUUCUGUUCAUAAUAAUGAUGGGGCGGUUUCAUUCCAGUUUUUCUUUAACAUCAGCACUGAUGACCAAGAAGGCCUCUACAGUCUUUAUUUUCAUAAGUGUCUUGGAAGUGACGCUUGGUCUAAUGACAAGUUUUCGUUCAGCCUCGAUAUCGAGAUCACAGAGAAGAAUCCUGACAGCUACCUCUCAGCAGGAGAAAUUCCUCUCCCCAAAUUGUACAUUUCCAUGGCCUUCUUCUUCUUUCUCUCUGGGACCAUCUGGAUUCACAUCCUUCGAAAACGACGGAAUGAUGUAUUUAAAAUUCACUGGCUGAUGGCUGCCCUUCCUUUCACCAAGUCUCUUUCCUUGGUGUUCCACGCAAUCGACUACCACUACAUCUCCUCCCAGGGCUUCCCGAUUGAAGGGUGGGCUGUGGUGUACUACAUCACUCACCUCUUGAAGGGGGCACUGCUGUUCAUCACCAUCGCGCUCAUCGGCACUGGCUGGGCUUUCAUUAAGCACAUCCUUUCUGAUAAAGACAAGAAGGUCUUCAUGGUUGUCAUCCCGCUGCAGGUCCUGGCCAAUGUGGCCUACAUAAUCAUAGAGUCCACCGAGGAGGGGACGACAGAGUAUGGCCUGUGGAAGGACUCCCUGUUUCUGGUUGACCUGCUGUGCUGCGGGGCCAUCCUCUUCCCGGUGGUGUGGUCAAUCAGGCAUUUACAAGAAGCAUCAGCCACAGAUGGAAAAGCUGCUAUUAACUUAGCGAAGCUGAAACUUUUCAGACAUUACUACGUCUUGAUCGUAUGUUACAUAUACUUCACCAGGAUUAUUGCAUUUCUUCUCAAACUCGCUGUUCCGUUCCAGUGGAAGUGGCUCUACCAGCUCCUGGAUGAAAUGGCCACGCUGGUGUUCUUUGUUCUCACGGGGUAUAAGUUCCGUCCAGCUUCAGACAACCCCUACCUACAACUUUCUCAGGAAGAAGAUGACUUGGAAAUGGAAUCUGUAGUGACAACGUCAGGGGUGAUGGAGAAUAUGAAGAAAGUCAAGAAGGUGACCAACGGCUCGGUGGAGCCGCAGGCCGACUGGGAAGGUAGCGCGUGACGGAGCGGCUCGGAGGGGCGCUGGCAGAGACUUCUAAUUUAUUCGCAGUCCGGUUGGUCAGUGGGAGCGUCGGCCCCUCGCGACGGCGACACCGCACAGCUGGCGGCUGGAGCCAAGCGCCGCGGAGACCCAACUUCUCACUCUUCUCUGGAUGCCGGGUGCGCGCUGGUGACAGGCAGCUCGCAUUCUCCUUCAGGUGGGAGUGGCGGGGAGGGAGUGUAAGAGGAGGCAGGGGAAAGGAAGCCUUUGUUUUUAAUUUCUAUUUCCGCUUUUUAAUUGGGGAGCUCUUCAGGGAGACGCAGUUGGGACCCAGUGUAUAGCGGGGAGUGCUGGCAGAUGGGGGACCGCGCCGGCCCGGGAAGGGGCAUCAGGAGGCGAGCUGCUGUCGAGAGGGGGCUCAGGGACUCACGGAGAAGGCCGGGGCUGGGGCAGGGGGACAAGUGUCACUGCAUCUUCAGGGAGGAAACAGAUGAGGUUAUUUUACUAGGAAAGUCGAAACUCAGUGUAGCAUGAGGAGCCUGCCCCGGGGUUCCCGGCCCCGAGUGUCGCCCCAGACCUUCGUCCCGAAUUCUGAAAGUGACCAGGGGCAGCGGUUGUCUGAGGGCCACGGUGUCACCGUCCAUCGGGGCUCUCCUGGUGGCAAACGGUUUGCUGCCUGAUGGAUGGACAGAACUGUGUUCUUAAGCUCGAAAAGCUGCCCCUUCUGGGAUUUCCCUGGCUUCCCCAGCAGCCCAGGGCAGCGCCGUCUCUGGCGGCCCUGGCCCUCCUCUCACAGCUGCCCCUGUUCUGUGUGCUCAGAAGCGGGGGAACGGGAAGGACUUUCCUUCAGGAGCAGCCUGGGGCAGGAGGGGUCCUGUUAAAGCAAACCUUUAGUCUAAGCAAGCUUUCCCUGUGAGCCGGGCAGGACUUACGAACGGAGGAGUGGCGCGGACCUCGUCCCUGUGUUCCAUUGUGACUGAGUGGUUUUACUCUUGGGGUCUGGGGGUGGGGAGCCCCUUUCAGGAAUCUCAGUGAGGUUCUCUUCCAAACUUGCAGAGCAUGGGGCUGAGCACGGGUGGGAACGGCACUGCCGCUCCGCUCGGAGCCGAGGCCUUUGAAUAACGGGGCAAGCCCAGAAGGUCCGCUGUGACCCGGGGCGUAGCAGGGCUUGCCGGGCAUCUCCUGCCAAGGCUUUGGCUGCUGGGGCCCGAGACGGGGACUGAGACACCAUGUCAGGAAUGUGAGGUGCUGGCCAUGCAGGUGGCUCCCAGCACCCGCGUGUGUGUCAGAAGCCUGAGCCCUCCCUCGCCUCCUGAGUGCCAGACGGUGACGGCGGCUGGGGGUGCUUCUCAGACCGCUGGCCUGGAAGGGUCGAUGAGAAGCCACAAGAUUUAGGGAUGCCGUUCAGCGUCCCCGGCUUAGGAACCUGAAGAGUCUCUACUGAGAAAACAGUGGUUUUCCCUUCCCUGUGCCCGUCUCCUCCCAGCUGACUGUGAGGACGCACGUCUCCCUUGUGCACUCUUUGAGAUCCCCCUGCACUCUCCCGUCACGACCUCCACGGGGCUCGGUCCCGGCCCAGCAUGGAGAGGAACGAGCCCCUGGCCUGACCCUGCCCUUCGCCUUUCCACAGAUAUUUUCGGGGAGGUUUGUGUGUUCUCCUGUCUUCAGGAGCCAGGAAAUAUGCCCUGAGUAUUAUCUAAGGCACUUUUCUUUUUGAGUUAACUCAGAGCCGUGUGACAGGAGAAGGAAGCGGCCCGGAGAACGGGGACAUUUUUCCAGACUCCUGUCUGCCUGUGUGUAGAUGCCAUCCCCGCGGCUCAGGAACGUGUGCCCUGCCGUGGCCCAUACCCCCUCCGGUGCUCCCCUCCGAAGGACACGUUUGCUGUUUGUCCUGCGAGCUGCUGUCCUUGACGAGGCCAUAGACUUCUUGGCAGGAACCAAAGGUUUGAGGGACACCCCCUCGUCUCCCCAGCCCCAACCCCUGCCACCCCGAGGGUCUCCAUGGAGGUGUCUUCAGUUCCUGGCCUGGAAACAGGGACGACAGUACACGCAGAUGAGGGCAUGCAGAUGAGGGCGCGGGUGUGGGCAGGCCCUGGCCCCCCGCAGUCACAGGAGGGCGGGAGCCCCCAGGCUGGACCAUCUUCAAACCCCCGUGUCCCCUGCUCUGGGCACCUCUAGGCUCACGGAAGGGAUGGUACAGGUGAGAGAAGAUAGUGGAUCCGAAGUGAAAGUCAGGCCGCAGCCUUCCUAACAAAUGGGUAAAUGGGUCAUCUGCCCACCUCCUGUGUUGUAACUGGCAAGAAGGUUUGAAGUCAGGCCGAUGAGGAAGGAAAAUCAAGGCCCCAGUCUGAGACCAGGCGGUGGUAGUGCGAGCGUUUUCAAAAUUAUUUAAGCUCCUCGUCCUGUUCCAUAAACACGUGGUUGUCCCUCUGUCGCUUGAAUAGCUGUGAGCAGCGCUCAGCCCUCACCCUGGAGUGAGGAUGGGGGUUGGGGUCCAGAGCCAGGUCUUCUGCCCAGCUGACAGCCGCUCGCUGCGGCCUGAUGGUUAAAGCCUGCGCAGCCCGUGCUGGGCGCUGUUGGGGCGGUUAAACCCUCCCUCUCAGUGUUGGAGGAUCGGGCAGAGAGGAUUGUGCGCGUCAGGAGUGAUCAGUGGUAUUUAUAGCUUCGCCUUCUGCCCCUGCUCCCCGAAUCUGCCUGCGAGAAACACCCUUGCCUCCUCUGAGAAACCGGCUGUGGGCCGGAAGUGCCACUGGCUGCAAGAUUCUAGGAGGUAAAGGAUCUGUUUUCCUUUAAUAAAGUGUGUGUAUUUUGAUAGAAAAUUACUUCUUGGACAGUAAGAACAAUCUCUGAUCUCUCCCUUUUUUAUUUUUUGAAGUCACUGAUCUCGUAACCCUGGCUCUUGGCAGCGGCCGAGGCGCCUCUAGCCCAGCUCCCCGUCCCUCGGGGCUGUAACACUUAGCAGCGGUGCGUCCGCUGAGCACCCCUGGGGGCUCGCGCUCUCGUGAGGAGACGCUCGUUCUAGUGGAAAAGAUGGUUUCUCAGAUCAGAGCCUGAGCCCAGUUUUUUUUCCAGAAACCACUCUAGAGUAAAAUUUACACGGUUGUCUUUUUUUGCCCUUGGACAUAUCCAGCCAGUGAAGGCAGCACCCAGUCUCUUCGUAAUGCCACUCUGUAGGGCUGUCAGGGCAAGGGGUCUGCUCCCUCGUUGUGGGUCCCCACGACCCACAUACCUCUCCCCCUCCCCCCUAAUCCUCUCCGCUCCCCCUCCCCUCCUCUUGGCCCAGGCCUGUCAGUCCCACGUGGGCUCAGCCUGGGAACACAGGCUGAAGCCCUUGGUGCAUUGCAUCAUUUUCUGCCAGCAGCUGUGAGAAGGAUGUAUUUUCCAAGCUCAGGAGAAUUUCAUCCCGAGCACGUAUGAUCGCGUUCAACCGUGUGUGAUGUUCUGCCCCCACAUGGAAACGGAUGUCUUGUUUUAGUCCUCACUGACCAAGGAGCCCUGUCACAGAUGCUGGUUUUCACUGUGAGCGGCUCUGGCCGUCUCCCAGGGCCUGAGACAGUCUGCCCCACGCACCCCACAGAGCAUUGGGGCCAUUGGUGCUUCCUGCUGCCUGGCAGCUGAACUUCAGAGGAGCCGGGUCCUCGCCCACCUCUCCUCCUGCCCCACACUCCACGCCUCACCCUUGCUUCCCUGACCCACCCCAACCUUGAGCAGAUUCAGAAUCGGCUGAGUCCAGGGUGCUGUGGCCUGCGGCUUUUUCUUCUUCUUCUUAAGAAUUCAGUAAAUUGAUGGUUUUCCCACUGAAGAAGUUAAAUUAGAUUUUGUCUUGAUAUCUCUUGGUAUAUCAGAAACAAACCACACCAGACUUUCUAGAAGAUCUGCUCCUUUACUUCGCUUUUAUCCCGGUGUUUUCGGGCAGGAGGUCUUAAGAGCUUCACCUGAGUUGAUGCUAGUCCUUGUCACUUCCACCUGGAACGCAGUUAUUGACUGGCAAGCAGGACACUCCAGCUUCCCCCGGGGCCUCUCCUCUCGCCUGGCAAUGCACCCGCUCACUCUGCAUGGUGUGUGCCUGACAGAUAGUGUUUCUGGGACAUGGACAUGCACCUCCCCUGCGGGGCUGUGUGAAGAACGCAGCCAGGGGAGGGACAGGGAGAUGCUGGAGCCAGGCUUCGCUCGUUGUCACACCAGGGACCUUUGGGCUUCUGGCUGUUUGGGAAGGGGGUCCCCCAUGAAGUCAGUAAAGCUCAAGAUCAGACAGAGAACUUAGCUCACUCCCAAGACAGCAAGCUUGUCUCAAGGCAGGGUCUGAGGUUUGGUGGUGGGCAGGCAGAUCAGUCAGGGAGCCAGCCUGUCAGCGUUCUUAGCAUUUAAAACACUCAUUACAAAAGGAUCCAAAAAUCCUGUCCGCACAAGGGGGUUUCUUGACGCCUUAAGCAGCUUCUGCAGAUUGUAAAAUUGGAUUUGCCUGGUCAUGUGACCUCAAAAGAACUCAGACACAUCCAAUCCAGAAAAUAAGUUUCAUUUGGGGGAGAAAAUGUCUGUAAAUAUUCUUUGCUUUCCAGGUUAGUUUGGGAUGCAGAGGGAGUUGUCAGUAUUUUUUUUUCUUUUUUAAACGCUGAUGAUCAUUGAAGAGUAUUUAUGUAAACAUAUAACGGGUGGGGGUUCCGAUCAGGGUGAUGUAGAGGAUGGAUUCUGUUGCUGUGACGCAAACAUGUAAAAUAAAGAUUCUAUGGCGGAAA